AUGGCAAAAUCAAGUAAUCCCAAUGUAUUUAAACCUUAUGCAAAGCAAUUUCAGGAGGACUUCUCAUUGUUUUUAAGAAUGCGAUCAGAAGAAAUAGAACCUCGAGGGCAUAUGGUCCUUACCUUAAUGGGUAGGAGAAACCCAACCCCUCCACCGAUGGCUGAUUUGGAUUCAUUCAACCUUCCCCGGUAUACACACUAUAAGGAAGAAAUAAGAGAGAUUAUUCAAGAGGAGGGGUUAUUUGCAAGGUUAGCACUACAUCGGGCAGAGAAUCUUGAUUCCAAUGAUGAUAAGUUGGCUCUGUUGAACGUAUUAAGAGCUAAUAUGUGUUUGGAGCUCUCUUGGAUUAAUAAUUACCAAAGUUCUGAAAUAUAA